AUGGAGGAAGCGUAUUUUCUUCCAAACGAUAAAGCGGAGCAAAAUCGCCUUAAUUUCCAACACGAAAUGUGUAUCCAGUUACUGGACGGAAAGCUUGGGCUUGCAGCAGUAACCUCUCCGAAGCACGUCCUCGAUAUCGCAACCGGGACAGGUAUAUGGGCUAUCCAAUACGCACAGCAGAACCCUGAUUCGGAGGUCAUUGGCACAGAUCUAAGCUCUAUUCAGCCAAAAGCCCCAGUCCCCAACUGUUCUUUUAUUCAACAAGAUGUCGAGCACGACGAUUGGUACUUUUCUCGAAACUUUGACUACAUCUACCUCCGCUUUGUCGUUUCUUGUUUUGAUAACACCAAAUCUGUAAUCCAAAGGGCAUUCGACAAUCUCAAUCCAGGGGGGCACAUCGAGUUCCUUGACUAUAUUUUUGAGAUUACCGACUUUGAUGGUACUACCAAGGGUACAUUUUGUGAACGUUGGUUUAAUCUAAUCCAUAAAGGCGGUAACAAAAUUGGGCGCGAUUUUACAAAGCCAGCACGGUACGCAACUUGGUGUCGCGAAGUUGGAUUCCUGGACGUUGAGGAGAAAUACUUUCCCGUACCGUGCGGAACUUGGCCCAAGGACCCAAAAAUGAAGAAAAUUGGCAAGUAUUUCUUGCACGAUCUGCAAGCCCUUAUGGAAGGGAUGAAGAAGUUUCUCGGUUUUGCGGGUCUAUCUCAUAAUGAAAUAGAAGACUUAGUGGAGAAGGCCAAGAAAGACGCUGAGGAUCCGAGCAUGCACUUUGCCGUUACGAUUGUUGUCACUCACGGACGUAAGCAGGGGUAA